CGUCCAUGUUUUCUACAGGCUCCAUAUCAGGCCGUACUACAUUAACCAGAAUCCUUUGGCUCUGCGUCGAAAUUUUGCGAAGAGGUCAAAUCAAACGGAUAAAUGGCAGUCAGUCAGCGCGCGUUGUAGAGUCAGGUAAAGCUGCUCGUAGUUCUUUCAUUGAGACGUUUAGUUUCGCCGGUCAGCACUGAGUGCUGCUGGGUGGUGCAGCCAUACAUCGCCUGUUACAAAACCCAGCCGGUUGUUGCAUAACACAACAACACAAGUGAUGAUAAGCUCACAGUCGCCGUAUCCUGUUCUUUAUUAGCGUCUUUUAGAAACGAGACACCAGCGAAAUCCGGUCUGAGGCAAAGACACUACUUGGAGCUGUCUCGGCAGGAACUGCUUUGUGAUUCAUUGAGCUGACCUGCCGCUAGCUGCUCAGGUGACUCAUGGCUAAUCGGCUCCUCAAAGUCUCCUCUCUAGCCACAGCAGUACUUGCCUCAUCUGGAUUUUACCUUUAUAGCAGUCACCUGGACCUCAGUGACUUAAGUGUGAUCCGCUUUGGACGAGCUGUGGCGACUACAGCAGUCAUCAGCUACGACUAUCUCACAGCUUUCAGACACGUGGAAAAUGGCACAGACGAAUACUGGCACCUCAAGUCAAAGGUGCACAGGCGAUCGGCAGAGCGUCUUCGAGACUUGUGCUGUGCCAACCGGGGCACUUUUAUCAAAGUGGGCCAGCACCUUGGUGCUCUGGACUACCUGCUGCCCGAGGAGUACACAUCUACGCUAAAGGUGCUCCACAGCCGAGCUCCUGAGAGCAGCAUGGAGGAGAUCCAGCAGGUUAUCAGAGAAGACCUUGGCAAGGAAUUGUCAGAAUUAUUUCUCUCCUUUGAAGAGAAGCCUCAGGGUGCAGCUUCCUUAGCACAGGUCCACAAGGCAGUGCUACAUGAUGGAAAGACGGUGGCAGUCAAGAUCCAACACCCCAAAGUCCAGAAACAAAGCGCCAACGACAUCCUAGUAAUGGAAGUGUUGUUGAAGGCGGUUCAUUGGCUCUUCCCGGACUUUGCCUUAAUGUGGUUGGUGGAGGAGGCCAAGAAAAACAUGCCUCUGGAGCUGGACUUCCUUAACGAGGGACGCAAUGCUGAGAAGGUGGCCGACAUGUUGGCCCACUUUCACUUUCUUAAGAUUCCCAUGAUCCACUGGAAUCUCUCCACCAAGAGAAUCCUGACCAUGGAGUUUGCAGACGGGGGCCAAGUCAAUGACAGGGAUUACAUGCAGACACAUGGCAUCAAUGUCAAUGAGAUCUCAGAAAACCUGGGCAAGAUGUACAGUGAAAUGAUCUUUGUCCACGGCUUUGUUCACUGUGACCCCCACCCAGGCAAUGUGCUGGUCCGAAAGUGUCCGCAGACCAAAAAGAACGAGGUUGUUCUGCUUGAUCACGGCCUGUAUCAGGUUCUGCAACCAGACUUCAGGUUGAACUACUGUCAGCUGUGGCAGGCUUUGAUUAAGGGCGACAUGUCAGGGGUGGAGCGUUACAGCCGCAGACUGGGCGCUGGGGAUCUGUACCCCCUCUUUGCCUGUGUACUGACUGCUCGGUCCUGGAAGGCGGUGAAUGCCGGUAUUAGUUCUGUACCUGUCACCCGUUCCGAGGAUAUUGAGAUAAGGACCAAUGCAGGCCUGUACCUGCCCCAGAUCAGCGACUUGUUGAACAGAGUUCCCCGGCAGAUGCUGUUGCUGCUGAAGACCAAUGACCUGCUGCGAGGCAUUGAGACCACGCUACAGACCAGGGCCUCAUCCUCAUCCUUCAUCAACAUGUCCCGCUGCUGCAUACGAGCCAUAGCCAGGCACAAGAGGACUAAAACUCAGAGCAGGAGAAGGCGUGUGCAGAUCACGCUGGCCGAGUCUCUCAGCCUGUGGAAACUCUACAUGUAUGAACUGUUUCUGUGGCUGAAAGGAUCCAUGACCAUUCUGAUGCCAUUACUACACUGAGACAUAUUUGGAUGUCAACCUUGUUUUAAAUUCAUCUUUUACCUCAAGUGUCCACUCAUUAGUGUUCAGAUAAUAAUUGUAACAUCGUUAUCUGUAAUUUACUCAGUAUGCUGUACAUUGCAUUUUCAGCAGGUCACUAUUGUUGGGAAUUUUAUGACGUGAAAAAACAUUCUCCUGUAGGUUCUGUAGUGCAGAGAUGGAUCCUACAACAUGAGCUCCGAGACAUCUGGAAACCUGAACUUUUCAUUUUAGCUUAAAAAUGAAAUAUCGCAGUUUAUAUUCGGUAGGGAAUAACACAUACAAAAUACAAACGGAUUAGUUAUUAGUUAGUAUUAAUUAGUUGUUAAAGGUGCAUUAUCUAAAAUUGAUGGUCAAUAGAGCAGGAAAAAUAGUAACUCUUACCAACACCUGAUAAAACUCACCUGCAGAUAUCUACUGAGCAGUUAGCCUAAAUGUUUGGCCAACAGCAAAUUUGUGCUGUUGUCAUCUUUUUACAUGGUGGCACAUACCAAACAUGACAUCAUCAUGAGGGUGGGUGUGGCUUAGCAGGUAGAGCGGGUUUGUUUUUCAAUGGGAAGGCUGAUGGUUUGAUCGCCUCUGAGAAGCACGUGAGACAGUAUUUGUGACAGAGAACGUCACAUAAAUGUUGCUGUAUUAACUUCUAUUCCUCUUGUCUUCAUUGCAUACCUCCACCUCUGCAGGCUUUCUUCCACCUGCUCCCCCACUCUCACUACAGAUAAAAGUUUUAUCCACACACGUCAUAGCCAGGAGGACUCCUGCCUGAGCUCAUCUCUUUACCUGCCCAUCACCAUUGCAACCAACAGCUGAUCCCUGGUGUAGUUCCACCCCCACCUUGAUCCCAUCUGUCACUCCUAUGCACACCUCACCGCUGCCUUGCUGUUCUCAUAUAUGUCCUGUGCAGCCCUCACCUGCUGCUCUGCCACUCCUAAUUUCCUCAUAUAAUAUCCCAGUUCCUCUCUUGGAAUGCUGUCAGGCUGUCAAACAGAAUGAACCCGACAGACGGAAAAAGAAAACGAAGGAAACGAAUCAUGACCCCUGGAUCAUGUAUAAAACGUUUACCGUUAGGGUCAUAUGAUCCUCUCAAUGAUAAGAAAAUGGUUUAUAUUUGAAUGUCAAUUUAAUGUAAGUCUGAUACAGAUCAGUUACAGAUUUCCUACAUACAGUAUACAGUAGUCUGCAUCUAUCCCUCAGUCACUCGUUCAAUGAAAAUCACCUCACACUGUCCUAAACUCAUUAUUUACAAAUGUUCUUGGCAAGAAUGUCAAAAGUGGACAACUAAAUGAUGUAAGUGACCAUUCCCCAUGUUUUAUCACAAACUGGUACAAUCCCAUUAAAAAAUAAUUAGUCAAAAACAUAUUUUCUCUCUGAAUCAUAACUGCAGUAAAAUCUUUGUAGAUGAUUUAAAUGAAGCUUGCUGUCUAUAAUGACUCUUCUUAACAGAUACUGUCCAAACAAUAAAACACAACUCUUACCUCACACCUCAGUGUCUGUCCUCAUACAUGUCCUGCACCACCCUCACAUAUGUCUCUGCCACUCCUGACUUCCUAACGUAGUACCACAGUUAGUUUCAGGCACCCUAGCAUAUGUUUUCUCUAGAUUUCCUUCUGACCUUCUGUAUACUUCUCUGUUAACAAAAGUCCACUACAGUCUCUCCUGGACCUUUUUAUACCUCCACAGGUGUGUCAUCGGACCAUUUGCCUCCCACUCUGCUUCGUAGCUGCCCUCACGUUCUCCUUUCGAAUCAUCACUUCCUGAUUCUCUCUCAUGUUCUUCAUUCAUUAGUCCCUCAGCGUAUUCCUUUUACUCCUCAACAGUGUGUUACAAAGAUGAAACACACGUCUUAGUACUCUGCUGUCUAUCCUUAGUCUUAACCCACGUCACAUCAUUACAGCUUCCUCUCUCUGCCUAGCCAAUCAGUACAUGUCCUUUUCUCUGUCCGGGAUCACAUAUAACUCAUACAACUAUAAGCCUUUUCGUUUCCAGUUUAUUUUGCUGUAAAACCUCGCUCUUUGCUGGACACCUGACAUCCCGCCACUCCUGUCUGCUUUCUCCAUUUCCCUGAUUAUUCCACUUCUCUUUGAGAUACCUUUCUAUACUUUCUCAUUCCACCACAAGAGAGGUCUCCUUGUCUUCUUUCCUCUGUCCACGAGAUACACUAAAUACCUUCUUGACUGUUUCACUCACCACUUGGGCUUUACUUUCCCAGUCAUCUGGUAAUUCGUCCCUAAAACCCAGAACCUGUCUCAGCUCCUCCUGGAUAAUAUUCUUCUUUCUUCAGUUACUGCCAUUUAGUACUUACCUCUGCCUUCCCACACACCACCAGUAUACCCUAACCCAGGGGUCGGCAACAUGCGGCUCUUUAGUCCUUACAGUGGGGCUCCGCGUGGUUUGGGAAAAUAAAUUAGAAGU